AGUGGUUGAAGGGGGAACCUUGACAGCCGAGGCCCUCGGCUCCCCGGGAGGGUUUGUUGAGAAGGAGCUGGGAGCCGGCGGUGAGGGUGACCGCGUGUGUGUGUGUGUGUGAGCGAGGGAGGGCCGUGCAGCCUGGAGCCCGCGGCCCGGGGCCCGGGGCACCAUGAGCGAGCUGAGGCGGCGGGGCGGCCUGGAGGAGUACACCGAGGACAGGGAGUCUGAGUCGACGACCUCUGGAAGUGAUGCGAAAUUGGACUCGAGCAGUGCAGACACUGUUCCUUCCGUUGAUAAUACUCCCGAGGUGUUGAACAAGGCACUGUCCGGCCUAUCUUCAAGAUGGAGGAACUGGUGGGUGCGAGGAAUCCUGACCCUGGCUAUGAUCAGUUUCUUCUUCCUUAUCAUCUAUCUGGGCCCCAUGGUUCUCAUGAUGAUAGUUCUCUGUGUGCAGAUCAAAUGCUUUCAUGAGAUUAUCCUCAUCGGCUACAACGUCUAUCAUUCCUACCAUCUGCCAUGGUUCCGGACCCUGAGCUGGUAUUUCUUGCUGUGUGCUAAUUACUUCUUCUAUGGGGAGACAGUAACAGAUACGUUUUUCGCCCUGGUUCAGAGAGAGGAGCCCCUGCGGAUCUUGAGCAAAUACCAUCGCUUCAUCUCGUUUGCUCUUUACCUGGCAGGAUUCUGCAUGUUUGUCCUGAGCCUGGUGAAGAAACAUUACAGACUGCAGUUCUACAUGUUUGGAUGGACCCAUGUGACAUUGCUGAUUGUAGUUACCCAGUCUCACCUGAUCAUCCACAACCUCUUUGAUGGAAUGAUUUGGUUCAUCGUUCCAAUUUCUUGUGUGAUUUGCAAUGAUAUCAUGGCCUACAUGUUUGGAUUCUUCUUUGGUCGAACUCCCCUCAUCAAGUUGUCCCCGAAGAAGACCUGGGAAGGAUUUAUCGGAGGAUUCUUUUCCACUGUUCUGUUUGGUCUUUUGCUCUCCUACAUGAUGUCGGGGUACAAGUACUUUGUCUGUCCAUUUGAGUUCAACAAUGAUGCCAACAGUUUCACCGUGGACUGUGAACCGUCAGAACUAUUCCAGCAGCAGGAUUACAGCAUCCCCUGUCUGGCCCAGACCAUUUUAGGCUCGGAGAGUAUCCGGCUCUAUCCAUUCCAGAUUCACAGCAUCGCCCUUUCCACCUUCGCUUCUCUCAUCAGCCCCUUUGGAGGAUUCUUUGCCAGCGGCUUCAAGAGAGCGUUCAAAAUCAAGGACUUUGCUGACACCAUCCCGGGUCACGGUGGGAUCAUGGAUCGGUUUGAUUGCCAGUAUCUAAUGGCCACCUUUGUGAAUGUCUACAUUGCCAGCUUCAUCAGGGGCCCGAAUCCGAGCAAAUUGCUGCAGCAGCUGCUGGCUCUCCGCGUUGACCAACAGCUCCAGAUCUUCAAGAGCCUGAAGGCCAAUCUGAUCCAGAAAGGAGUCCUGCAGAAUGGAGUGUAGAGCUGACCUGUUCUGGUGCACCAGCCUGCCGAAUGAAUCCAGCCUCCGAACUUGCUCUCAAAACACAGUGUGUGUCCAAUCUCAUAUCCAACCAGCGAUUUUCCUACGUAACCUUGGAGGUCCAGAUCCCUUCCGACACAAAAGCUUCACAUUCUGGUCGAUGCAGUGCUCACUAAAGUAGGCACGAGUUUAAUGAUGGGAGUCUCAGCCCAUUAGCUGUCCUACCACUGAUGUGCUGAGCCUGUGAUUAACAGACACACCCACACACACGCUUGCACACACGCACGCACAGAGUGUUUUUUUCCAAAACAAAGAUGCCCCAUUGCUGUUUGCAAUGCCAAACAAGUGAGGAGUUCUGAGGCUGAAUCAGAAACUGUCCAAAAAGGAUGGAUCUGGACUCAGUAGUAUAUACCAAUCCUAGCAGACUGUGUGUCACUUGUGUUCAAGGUCUCACUGACUUUCCGCAGUUACUUGCUCUUUCGCCAGAAUGUACUCUUAGGGUGGAUUAGAUGUAGAAAUUUGGUGUAACACAGGCUGUGUCAUUUUGAGGUAAAAAAACCCACAUUCAAGUUUUAUGUUUGCAUUUGUAGGGCUUUUUCAGGCAGCUGAGAGAGCUUUGAGAAUCGUGCUUUGCACUGGCUGUGUUCCUUUAGAUAGAUGGGAGGCAUGGAGAAACAAGGGGAGUUUGAAAAAGAGACAGAGUGGAGCAGCAGGCACUUGUCAGUAAUGGGGUGUCGGAGAACCUGUUACCUGAGGGACAGAGUACCUGGGAUACCAUGUUAUACCUCUCACAUUCUUGAACUUGUUGGAUUGAGCCAAACUUUCUUGUUGACCCAUGGCUAAAACUGCUGUCUGUUUGUUUGGAAUUUUUCACAAACCGCGUAGUCCCAAAAUGAAAAAAUAGCUCCACAGAUGGUAGUGUCCUCAGAGAUUAGUAAUGUCAAACAUUACCUUUAUACACAAAGAUCCAUCCUCUAUCCGUCUGGAAAGGAAGGUGUGAUCACGAGCAGUAUUUUGUUGUUAUCUGACCUCACCACUGACCCACAUGCUGUUGCAACCACUGUGCAGGGGUUUCCAUCACUUCUGUCAAUGAAUCCUCCCCUGGGGAGCUUCCAAGAACAGCCUGAAGGGCAUCCUUCACAUAUAAGCCUAGGUGGUGUCUGACGCAGAUGGAGUACCUUCCCCCCCCAGCCCAGCAAUGCUAGAUGGGGGUCAGGACCCCCCCCCAACAAGCUGAAUUCUAACUGGUACAGCACAGCCUACAAUCCAGAUUCCCUGCUGUCGCUGUUUGAAUAAACCAGACAGGGCAGAACGGAUUGAGUGAACAAGAAUUGGGAAUUCUGCGUGUGUCACUGUUCAGCUGGUGACUGGGACAGGUUGGGAAGUUGACUCACCCUGCUGUUUCCAGCAUCCUCCCUUUGCCUUGCCCUGAGAAGAUGGUGAAGGCUCCAAGGAGACUGUGAUAGUCAUCCUUCUGUCCAGGACCCCAAGUCAUACUCCUCCACUUCCUGCUGCCCAGCUUCCUGUCCCUGACUCCCAAAGCCCGUCAUUUCAUCGUAUUCGACCAGCUCAAAGCCAGCCAGAAGCAGUGCCCAGCUGCUCUGUUACCUCCUGUAGUGGACAGCAGGCACGGUCCACUUCUGAGCCCCACCUACCAUGCUUCACACGUAAUGCUUAGUGUCUGGUCAGAGGAGACAGCCACGUUUCAAGUGAUUGUUGUACUGACCUUUUCCAGCCUUUAUUCUCUAGCUGCUUUUGGUUUUGAACUGGUGAAUUUGGUGAAAAACCAGGUGUACUUGCAGGAGUGUGUUACAUAUUAUUGGCUUCAGCUAUCUUGGGUCAUCAGAGACUGGUACUUCAGCAUCAGCGAUCAGGCACUGGUAAAGAGGGGUUAGUUAGCUGGUGGACUGAAGGAACAGGACAGGUUAAAAGGAGGUCAGAGUUGCUUCAGUCUGGCUGAUGUUGCUCAGCUUCACUCAUGUGAGGGAUAGAAGUGGGGGAAGGUGAUUGCUCACUGGCGAGUGUUACUGACGGCAAGUACAAUAAAUUACAGCAGGUGGGGCCAACAGGAGAGACAUGUUUUGGGAACGGUUGACGCAAAGCGUUAGUUAAAGACAUAGGGCCAACUUGUCUGCCAAGCACUGAUUUAGCUGGUGAAUUUCCCUCAGCAGGAACGAGCAGCAUUAACUGUGGGAACCGAGGCAGACAGGGUCAAAGUACAUUAUGCAAUGAUCUUGAUACCUUGAAAGCAUUUUCACAAGGCCCCCAAUAUACCCUGUAGCUGCCACUUAAUGACUCAGGCUGUGGUGUGCACAGUAGUGGCUUGGUUCUGACGGCACCCCAGAAUGAUCUACCAGUUUAGGGAAGUUUUAACUUUGAUGGGACUGGCUAGUAGUGCAGAAUUUCACUGAAAAUACAUUUGCUGUCUGACCAGGGAAAGAUUCUCAUUGCCAUUCUGCUCAAGAUAAAAGGAUGGUGUUGAUGUCAAAUGGCUGGCUGAGGUAGCUCUCUGCAUAUCUGCUGACUGACACCAGCUCACCGUCUGGUCAACUGCCUGUCUAUUAUUUCAACAUAUUCUGUCACCAAGGAACAAUCCUCGAGGUGACAGAACCCCCCCUCACCCCCCCUCCCAAGGGAAAAGGGAAAUCCUCCCUCAUGGCCAAAUGUGAGAGCCAACUCCUGCUUGUACAGGGUCAAGUGUGGGAAGCAAAUGCCCAGGGAAUUUGUUCAUCCACUGGCUACACUGCACGAAGGAAGGAGAGACCCAACAAGUUCUGAGUUUCACAGCUUCUCUUGUGCAUGAACUCCAAAUCUGGGAUGGAAGUUGUCUCUCUGAAACACAUGGUAGCCAGCGCCAGCUGGUUAACUUUGUAACUCUUAUCAGGAGUGAUCGUCCCUCCAUCCCUUUCUCUUGUCUGACUUGUAACUCGCUCCUGCUCAGCCUGCUGUGACCCCAAUCAGCACGGUUUCCGCACUGCCGCACCAAGUAUGUUUAGCAUGGGGUUGUUUUUAUCCCCUUGAGACUCUUUGUUUGCACACUGAAAUUUUCUAUUGUUUACUUUUCUGAUUGUUUGAAUGUUUGUUGGUGAAAGUCUGCAGUUUUCUGAAGUUCAGCAUUUAGUUGGAGCGUGGGAGCCUGGGAACCAUUAGAUGCAGAUUGCCAGAGGAACCAAUUCUCCAGAAAUUGGUGUGGAAGUAGUUGGAUGGAACACCAAACCAACAAACAAACAAAUAAUCACAUCCUGAAAUAUGCUGUUUGUUUUUAUCGGAAGCUUGUGGAAGGACAACGUUGUUACACUGUUUAGAUUUGGUCUGUUACAAAAGCACUGAUACAAAUUUGAGUCUUGAAAGACAAUCCACACACCAUUGAACCCAAGUCCUUGUUUGAUUCAAACAGGCACUAAGUUCACCAUCAGCACUAAGUUCAGGCUGUGUUUGGUACCAUGUGCAUGGGUGAUGCAGCGUACAAUUCCAUCUUCCUUGCCAGCCCAGAAUGAGAGCUGCAGAUGUGCAAGUGUACAUGAACCCUUUCGAGACAGCACUGUCCUGAAAACCCUGCAGGCCUCAGCACCAGCAUGGAGUGAGAGCAAGUCAACAUGUGCCCAAGCUGACCUGUCACCAGAACUCUGUUGCAGUAAGUCAUUCGAAGUUCUUUGCUGAUUCUCGCUGUGAUUGGGUUGGAAUGGGGAAUGCAGGCCCUAGUCCCACAGGGCUGGACUCCAGGCCUAAGUUUUACAGUGAGGGAGGAGACAGGUCACAUGUGUUGGUGUCUGUCAGCACAGCAAGCUGAAGCUCCUCAUCACGACCUGUGGUGCUGGCAGACAAGGCCCCACACCUUGUAAUAAUGCGAUUGCUCCUCCCCAUUCCCACCCCAACCCAGGCACUCAGAGAGAUACCUGGAUCAAAGCAGCAGCUGGGAACACUUUGCAGUCUUUUGCAAACAUUUUAGGGUGAAGGGUAAUUUCUUCAAAAGCCAAACCUGGGAAUGGCAAAGGUGUGGGUGUCAGGGGGCUUGCAGGACUUGAGUAAAAUUCACAUUUUGGAAGGUAGUGUUGAUUGCAGUUUUGUGAAAACUCUUGAGAUGUGUUUUAAAUCCUUGAACGAACUCCAUGCACUCUUGUGUAACAUGAAGACUGAGUCAAUGCUGUGUCUCUCUGACCUUGGGAAGGUUCAACAUGCUGCUUCUUUUGGGUUUUUGGUUGAUAAUGAUUCAGUUGUUGCAGAUAAUAUUCAUCAACCGGUUCAGAUCUAACAUCGCUCUGGAGCUAGGGGUAAUGAACUCAGGCAUCCUCCCUCAACCACUGCAUUGCAAGAGAUCUCGUCAUUCCUUAUCGCAUCACAAUUCCUGUUCAGGAUGUUUUCCUGCAUCUGUUGGACAGGUUCAAUUGGGUUCAAAUAAUUCAGCUGCAAAUUUAACACAAGAAUUUGAUGAGUGCUCAGGUUAUUGAGGAUGGCAGUUUGGGGCAAGUCAAGAUGACAAAUUGAGAGCGAGCUUUCUGCAGGAGUUGGGGAUUGUCCCAUCAACGUGCCUUGUCAUCUCUCAUUUCUGAGAGGAAACGUGGACAGCAGUGGUGAACAAUAGAGUCCGUGUUCUGCUGAAGGUGCAGAGCUGUGUUUGGGCAUUUCCCGGUGCACUGUCAUUUGACUCUGCAGCCAGCUGUCUGGCUUGCUGACGUUGAAUGCAUUUCACACCUCUGGGUGGUGACCUCGUCCAAGUUCCUCCCUCCGCCAGGUAGGCCAUACAAAAACCCACCAGAGCAGCUUUUGCUCUGGUCCUGGAUAGGAAUCUCUUGCUGUCAUUGCUGAUGUGGUCUCCUGCUAUCUGAAGCCACUGCUCUGUACAGUGGAUCAUGAGCAUGUCCAUUUUCCCUGUGCUUUAUUCUGUCUUGCAGCAAUACGCUACAACCUCCACUUCAUGUCCUUUUUGUUCGAUGUUACUUUGAUUGGCAGAAACUCGCAUUUGUGCGUUCUCCUUUCCAAAAGUAAAUUUACCCCCAAAAAAACAAAGCUGCAGUCAGCUCAUCCGAAUGAUUUGUGAAUUUCUCCAUGAGCUGCCAGCUUAAAUCAAAAUGGUCUGGCAAAACAAACUCCAUUUUUAGGAAGCCCCAGUUGAUAUGGGAUGUGGGCUUGCUGACCCAUCCCAAGUUCCCUUUGCUUGGAGUGCUGGCUUGGCCCAUUUCAGUGGGCAGUGAAAGUUAGCCACGUUGUGGGUCUGGAGUAAGGAUAUCAUUGGACAGCAAUGCACCAGCUGGGUUUUUUAAUAACAGUUGAUAGUAGUUUCAAACAGAAAGCAUCAACAGCCUGCAAUUCCAGAAUGAUCAAUAUAAUCCCACCAGAUGGUGUAAAGGGAUGAGAGGCUCAGGCCUCUGGAUUAGUUAUGAAAUUAGCACUGUUCCAUUGUCUCCCCUCUUCAAUCCAAAGGCAGCCUCUACUUUGCAAUAAUACAAUUGGUGAUUUAAAGUUAAGACCAGCUAUUGGUCACCAGCAAUGUCCAGAGAGCAGGUGAACCAUAAUACACACGUAACUAUUGCAAUUGCAGUCCCUGGUGUCCAAACCAGAGAGAGGUGAGUUAGGUGUCAAGUGUGGGAAGACAGGAGUACCAGAGCAGGACAGUACAGCAGAAUGUGCUAUCAGACCCAACCAAGAGACUUACUGUGACGCCUUUACUUUCAAAACACAACCUACACUGUGGGUUUGAUUUGUGAGUUCCAGCCCAAAAGAAGCAGAUUCCAAGGUUCAACAUUUCCAACAUCAAACUGGAAUCGUGUUGAAAGCUUUCAGAGGCCAAAUCACAGCAUUAAUUCAGAACCAGUUACAUUGCAGAAUAGACUCACAGAUGUGUUUAUUUCAGUAAAGUGGUUGAGUAAAUCCUUUAAAUUUUUAAUAACUGCUUCGACAUGUGUGUCUGUCUGUGUGAAGUAUGAACUAUCCAAUUGAAGUAAUACCUGCUGUCAUGUGUUAUUGUAUAUGGGCCUCUUUUUAAUUGAACGUCAACUUUAAUGUGUGUGUGUAUGUGUGCGCACGCAUACGUGUGUAAAUAUAUAUAGUAUCCAUAUAUAUGAUGGUGUUAAAGACUACACAAUAUUUAUGUAUGUUGCAAAUAAAAAGAACCCAAUAAAAAUGA